CGGCCGAAUUACACGUCGCGGCGCGUUCUCGUUUCGUGUGAUCGUCGUUCAUUCUCAUUGUAGUCGUCUCUCUCUUGGUGAGCGCCGGUGUCGGCGGCGUGUGAGAUGUCGUCUCGUGGUCUCAUUCAGCGUCGCGACGCUGUUCCAUUCACAUGCUCAUUUUUACCGAGAUUUCGGUGCGUGCGUGUUUUUCUUGCGUGCAUUCGUUGUGCUCACUGUAACCGAUAAAGUCGCGUUACAACGACACUUCACGUCGCGACCAAACACUUAUCGUUAACAAUGCUAUUGUGAUCGCUGUUUAUGCUUUUCUGUCUGACACUGACUUGACAUAAUUAUAAUUCUUACAAAAGACUAAAUUCGUAUGAUAAACUGAGUGUUUAUCAGUGGAUACCCUCUCUCUCUCUUUCUGCACGUUUUCUCUUCCUGUAGGUAUAUCUAUCAACUUUAUCAGUGACUCUUGUGUAACUUCUGUGUAUAACUUUUAAGUGUAACUUCUAAGUGUAAGUGAUCUUUGUAUAGUGAUAGUGGAAAAAUAGACAUGAUAUUGCAGACGACAUGAGAUCAUCUCCAAUUUAUUUACCAUGGGUCAAAUUCGUUUUAGCAGCUUUUAUGUUUUCAACUGUAUUAGGUCAUGCGGAAACGAGAUUGCACACCCGCCAUCCGCAUACCGGAAGUGUACACCACCGUUCGAUUCGAGCUGACGUCAGAACGAAUCAAAGCGAUGAAAAUGGGGACGUCGAAGAGUCGAGUUCCUCAUCAGGAGCCGAGCCGAAAUUCGUGCAGAUUUACUCGAAUCAGCAUGUCAAAUUGACCCUCGAUUGCGGCGUGAAUAUCACCUUCAGUACCAGCAUCUGGCUUAAGGACGGCCAGAUCGUUCAGACGAUCCUGAAGGACAAUGCGAACAAUAAGCGCGUUACGGGGCACCGAUUUCUCGUCGACAACUUGGGCAAUCUGCUCAUAGAGAACGUCCGCUUAGAGGACGAUGGCAGGUGGCAGUGCGAAGCUGAAAAUCCUUACGGAUUCGUCGUCACCGGAAAGCCCAUUCAGCUGACAGUUUUAGAUCCACCGAAAAAACCGUACUUAUUAAUCGACAACAGAAUCUUGGAUCCGGGCAACCUAUUCAUACCGGUAAAGGAAAACACCGACUUGACGGUAUCUUGUGUUGUGGAUGGCGGUAAUCCGAAACCGUCACUCUCAUGGGAAUUAACUCUCGGGUCUCUUGCGUUACUGGACGCUCCAGAAGUGCCCUUCCAAGCCCUUAAUCUCACCGAGACGGUGCGCGAACAGAAAGUCGGGGCAAGGAACGAUGCGCGUCUUGAAAGGGUUAUGCGCGCUCAUCACAACGCCACCCUUACCUGCAUCGUGCACCAUAUAGCCCUAUUGCAACCUCUUAACGUAUCUUUACUGCUAGAUGUACAAUAUACACCCUCUUUCGCAAUAUCCCGUGAGCCCGGAUUCGGAUUUCCCAUACGAGAAGGAAUGCCGUUGUCGUUAAAGUGCGACGUCGACGCGAACCCUAAGGCCGCUCCAAUAUGGCAGAAGGACGACACGGACCCACCGGUUCAACAGACUCCCGACGGUUUCCUCAAUUUCACCGAAAUCCGGCGUGAGCACAGCGGCUGGUACAAGUGCAUAUCGAGGCAUCUGCUCGGUAGAUUCUCCAGCAUCGGAUAUUACCUCAACGUGAGGAAUGAAAUUGAAAUGACUCAAGAGCCCGAUUUAGAUGUCAGAGAACUAAGCUCUACAGGACGACAAUUAGAAGUUUCUCUUGGCGGUGCUGUUCAACUUUCAUGCCCUCUCGGCACUACAGGUUGUUGGACACGCGUGGAUUCCGGCACAGGACGUUUAGAACCACUCGGUGCUUCCCAAGAAUUACGACUCGAACAUGUUUUAUAUCAAGAGGCUGGAGAAUAUAGAUGUGUUGCUCCUAACAGGGAUACAGUACGUAAGCUUGAUUCAUUGAGAAGUGCUAUGAGCGUUGACGUCAAUGUUAUAGGACGGCCUGUAAUAAUCCCUGGAAAUAAAACUUUAACUGCCGUUUAUGGACAACCCUUAACACUCUCGAUGGAAUUUUGUGCCAAUCCACCAUUCAACAGGGUUUUCUGGAUCGUUAAAAAUCGCAUAUAUUUUCCUGGCGAUUCAGAAAAUGGAAUUUUAGCUUACAAUAUAGCCAAUAUCUCAACACCAAAUUGUCACCAAGCAGUUCUUUAUAUGAGUAAAGUCAGUAACGAUGACGUGGGAGAAUACACUUUAAUAGUGAGAUCUCCAAAUGGAUUAUCUGAAGGGAUCUUUACGGUGAAUAUGACCUACGCCAGUGGUUAUAAUGUUCCAAAUCCAAGUUCAAGUAGCCAAAAGAAGAUCUUCGCAAGUGCCCACGUAGUUAUUUUAAUUAUAUUAAUGAGUAAAUUUUUGAUAAUAAAAGAAUGAACGUUAUGUAGAGACGAGUAGAGUGAACGACAAAGAAACGAAACGAAUAAAAGGACUAACUCGUAUUAUUCUCCGAGAAAAGAAGAACCAUUGUAAGCGUUUAAUGAAUAAAUAAAUAAUUAUAAAGAUGACUUAAUGGAACGAGAGUGGUAUUUAAAUGUAUAGUUUUUUAUUCUUUUGCAAACAAAAAAAAAUGUCAAGAUAAACACGUAACAAUGUGUAUAAAAAGUGAUUUGUUAAAUAGACGGCGCUUAAAUGUAUAAAUUACGUGUAAUUAAAAUUAAUAAAUUAUACGUCCAUGUGUUA